UUUCGAUUAUUUUUGUUAUCGAAAUUGAGCAACAUCGCUAACUUAACGCAGACAGGGCUCUACUUCAUCGGCAAUAGUAAGAAGGAAUGUUAUUAAAUAACAUAUUCCAUUAAAUUUUCAAUAAAAAUGAAUAAUUUCGUGCGAACCUUUUUGCCCCGCUUGGUGGCGGUCAGACAGAUGUCUGCCUAUCCAAAGCAUUAUGUAGAACCCAUAUUCACCCGAGAAGCUCAGCUGGCUGCAAAAGAGCAAGAUGAAUAUAACAAGUUGCUGCAUGUGCCAACAAAAGCCACAAAAAAUGACGAAUCUUUAUCGGUAUUUUAUAAUCCAAUUGUACAGAAAGUCAUUAACUACAUGACCUACGGAGGUAACAAGAAAUUGGCACGAGAGCUAUUCGACAAGAGCAUGGAAUGUGUUAAGCGUACUCAAAUCGAAAGAAUCAAUUUGGGCAAGUUAGAAGAUGCUACAGCUGAUCCCUAUGCCUUGCUGCUACAGGCCAUUGAGAACAGUCGUCCCCUGUUGCAAUUGACUGCUAUUAAAAGAGGUGGUGUGACAUAUCAAGUGCCGGUACCCAUAACCGAAAAACGUUCCUACUUCUUGGCUAUGAAAUGGCUAUUGGAAGCGGCACGUGAAAAGGAGAGAAAAGUACAUUUCCCCGAGAAAUUUGCUUGGGAAAUUCUUGAUGCUGCAUAUGGUCAGGGUAGAGUGAUAAAGAAGAAAAAUGAUUUGCACAGACAAGCUGAAAGUAAUAGAGCAUAUGCUCACUAUAGAUGGAGUUAGAUGCGAAAUUCUUAAAUAAACUUGUUAAUGUUUUAAAACGAGA